AUGUAUUCUGCAUGUUUGGCCGUCUUGUUUCUCAAGACCAUGUCAACAGCCAGGCAAGACCAGGGGCUCACGGCCGCCCAGCUCGAGGCCUUUGACCGCGACGGCUACAUCAUCGUGCCGUCGGUGCUGCCGCCGGCCACGGUCGAAUCCCUGCUGGUCGAGACGCGCCGCCUGCUCGACGAGGAGCUGUCGCUCGACGACCACCCCAUGACGCGCUUCUCGACAGGCGGCGCCACCGGCGAGGACCACGUUGGUGACGCCUACUUCCUCGAGUCGGGCGACAAGAUCCGCUUCUUCCUCGAGGAGGAUGCCUUCGACCCUGCCACGGGCCUCCUGGCUAAGCCUAAGCACCGCGCCGUCAACAAGAUCGGCCACUACCUCCAUGCUCUAAGCCCGCCCUUUACCGCCUUGCUGAACCAUGAAGGCUCCGCACCCCCUAAGGCCCGCCCCGCCGCCGUCGCCCGCGCCCUCGGCUUCCGCGACCCCCGCUGCCUCCAGAGCAUGGUAAUCUUCAAGCAGCCAGAGAUUGGCGGCGCCGUCCCCCCUCACCAAGACAGCACCUUCCUCUACACCAACCCCCCAAGCGCCGUCGGCUUCUGGUACGCCCUCGAGGACGCCACGCUGGCAAACGGCUGCCUGAGCUUCCUGCCCGGGUCGCACCGCUGGGCCCCCAUCACGCACCGCCUCGUGCGCAAGACGGGCGGCGCCGGCGGGACCAAGAUGGUGUCCAACGACGGCGCCCGGUUUCCCGAAGGUGCCGAGUAUGGUGAGGACAAGAAGAGCGAGCCCGAACAGGGGCAGUACGUGCCGGGCGAGGUAAAGGCGGGGGAUCUCGUGCUGAUCCACGGCAACCUGCUGCACAAGAGCGAGAAGAACCUCAGCCAAAAAGGCCGCAUAAUCUACACGUUCCACAUCAUUGAAGGCGGCGAGGGCAGCGUGUAUGACGGGCGCAACUGGCUGCAGCCACCAGAGCAAGGGUUCACUAAGGUGUAUCCGCCAGGCGUAUGA